AUGGCUUCCACCACUAAAACCCAGCAACAAGUUCACUUCGUUCUGUUCCCAUACAUGGCGCAAGGCCACAUGAUCCCCAUGGUCGACAUCGCCAAGCUCCUCGCAUCCCGCCCCGAUGUCGUCGUCACGAUCGUGACGACUCCAGUCAACGCGGCGAGGUUCAAGUCCCCGCUCGACAGGGCAAUCGACGAGCUCCGCCUCCCAAUCAACGUCAUCUCCCUGCGGCUCCCCUGUUCCGAGGCAGGGCUCCCCGAAAACUGCGAGAAUGUCGACCUGCUCCCUUCCAUCACCUCCCUCAUCGACAUCUACCGCGCCGCGGCGUUAAUGGAGCCACAGGUGGAAACCCUCUUCGAGACCCUGGAACCACCUCCCAGCUGCAUCAUCUCCGAUUUCUGCCUUCCUUACACGAACCGGAUAGCGAAGAAGUUCGAUGUGCCGCGGAUCAGCUUCCACGGGUUCAGCUGCUUCUGCCUCCUCUGCCUCCGCUGCGUGAAGCUCCACGGGGACGAAUUCGAAGCGAUGUCCAAGCACGAAUACUUCGUCCUCCAGGGGUUUCCGGGCGGAAUCGAGUUCACCAGAGCGCAGCUCCCGAUGCAUUGCAAGAAUCUAGCGAGCGAUUCGACCAAAGAAGGGAAUUUGGAUGAUGUGAGCCAGGCGGAAUCGGAUGCUUACGGGUUCAUUGUGAACACGUUCGAGGAACUGGAGGCAGAGUACCUGGAAGAACUCAAGGUGGCGAAACAGGGGAGGGUUUGGUGCGUUGGGCCCGUUUCGCUGACGAAUUGUUUCGAAUUGGAUAAGUUGGAGAGAGGGAACUCCUCCGUCUCAUCGUCCUCGUCAUGUCUGAGAUGGUUGGACGACAAGGAGCAAAAUUCCGUGAUUUAUGUCUGCUUGGGCUCCAUAUGCAACCUCUCGUCAGCACAGCUUAUGGAGCUUGCUCUGGGGCUCGAGGCGUCAGACAAGACGUUUCUGUGGGUCGUUAGAGAGAUUGAGAAGACGAAGGAGCUUUUUCAAUGGAUGGAGGAAGAGAAAUUUGAGGAGAGAGUCUCUUCGAAGGGCAUGGUGAUACGAGGAUGGGCGCCCCAGUUAAUGAUCUUAUGUCAUCGUUCGAUCGGAGGGUUCAUGACGCAUUGUGGAUGGAAUUCUUCCUUAGAAGGGAUUAGCGCGGGGAUCCCACUGGUAACCUGGCCUCUAUUCGGCGACCAGUUCUGCAACGAGAAGCUGAUCGUCGAGGUGGUGAAAAUUGGGGUGAAAGUUGGAGCAUGGCGUCCCACAUACUGGAAUGGAAACGAGACGGAGGAAGUGUUCGUGAAGAGGGAGCAAGUGGAGCGGGCAGUGAGAUUGGUGAUGGAUGGUGGAGAGGAAGGAGAAGCAAGAAGGACAAGAGCAAAAGAGCUCGCCGAGAUGGCGAAACGAGCUGUGGGAAAUGGAGGAUCUUCUCACACAAAUGUUACCACGUUGAUUGAAGAUAUCAUCAAAGAACAGAGGAAACAGUAA